GGGAAUAAGAUAAUUGCAUCUAAAAAUACACAAAAAGGACAGCAGUCAGUGACAAAGACACAUGUGGCAAUCCUUGAAAAAGUCAGUUUAUGUCAUAAACUGAAUUCAUAAUCUGGGAAGCAUUGUCAUCAGGCCUUGUCUUUCUCAUAGAAACCUAACCUACCCUUCUUUAGUAACUUUGCUUUUCCUUUUUUCUUGUUCUGUUUUGCCCACAUCUAAGCACAGUGUUGACAAGCAACUUAUCAAUAGGGAGCAAAUCACUUAUUUUGGUGAUAUUUCUAUAGCCAUAUCUUUUACCUAUCAAAUCCAACAUACAUAAGUCCAUCCAUACACUGUAUUGUUCUCUUCUGCAGGGUAGAGGUAGGUCAACUGCUACUUCUAGAUUUUUAUUCCUUCUGUUAAUCUUUGUUUGCUGCCUCUAUUUUUGGUUAAUUCUGGACAUUUUUUGUCUAUUUCAUACUCUCUUUACCUCUAGUCCUCUUAAAGGCAGUUUUCAUUUUACAUAUUCUUCUAUUCAAAUAAAGCAAGUUUCUUGGAUGUUCUGAAAAUGGCAUGUCAGUAGUAGUAUAAUGAUGUUAUUUUGAAAACUUUUUAAGCUUUUGUGCUCUACUUCCUCUCCACUUUUCACUUACCAGAGUUAGAAGUCAGGAUUCUGAAAGAUUUACUAGCAAAUUUUAAAAACAAAAUUGUCACCCAUGAGUAGAAUCAGCCCAAUUUUCCUGUUGGUAAUAGUAGUUAUUGCUGUUUUAUUCUUCGUCUUUGGUCUUCUUCAUCUUCUGAUUAGGUAUUGUUUAAAGAUGCCUUCUUUUUCAUCAAUUUCUCAGUCCAAUAGAUUCCCAGAAUCAACUAGUUCCCAAGUUCUCCAAAGGCAGCUUCAACAGCUCUUUCGGCAACAUGAUUCUGGUUUAGACCAAUCUAUCAUUGACACUUUGCCUGUGUUUUUGUAUAAGGAUAUUAUGGGGUUGAAGGAGCCAUUUGAUUGUGCUGUUUGUUUAUGUGAAUUUUCAGAACAUGACAAACUCAGAUUGCUCCCUUUGUGUAGCCAUGCUUUUCACAUCCAUUGUAUAGACACAUGGCUCCUAUCAAACUCAACUUGUCCUUUAUGUAGAGGUGUAAUUACUUCUGGAAUUUCUAUUGGAAACCCCUUGUUUAGCUCUAAUUAUGAGUCAAGAGAACAGUGGAAUUUCCAUUUGGAAGAUGGAAUUAGAAACAGUCAAAAGUCAGGAGUACUCAUGCAAGAAAAUGUUGGAGAAAUGAGAGUUUUCUCAGUUAGAUUAGGUAAGUACAAAAGUGUAAAUGAAGGGAAUGAAAAUUAUGAAGACAAAAGUCAAGGGGAAAUUAGUAGCAGCAAUUUGAAUGCAAGGAGAUGUUUUUCAAUGGGUUCAUUUCAAUAUGUGGUUGAUGAUUCAGAAUUGCAGAUAGCUUUGCCCAAUGUGAAGAUUCUCAAAGCGAAGUGUGAGAACAACAAUUUUGGGGCUACUACAGAAGGAAAAAAGAUCAGUGCUAGGACUAAAGGAGAGAGCUUCUCUGUUUCAAAGAUUUGGCUUUGGUCUAAGAAAGGCAAUUCCUCAAGUUCUUCAGAAACAAAUGUUGGUGGACUAUCUCUUAAUCUUGAUAUUCCCAUUACAAACAGAACUCAGUUUGUGUAACCAUAUAGUGCAAAAAAAUUAUUGGUUUAACAUAGAGUUGAGAUACAAAUCAACGCCUACAUACUCUUCUAUUCCUUUUUUUUAAAUUUGUUUUAUUGGAUUAACUUAUACUACUACAAUUGUAGCUACAGAUAUGUACUUGGGAAUAAUAUGGAUGAUGCAUUAAUUUCCAA